GGUUCCCGUGGUUCCUCGGCGGGGACUCUAUGGUGUCUGUUUCCGGUCCCCAAAUCGCCUUCCCUGUGUCGUUUGCUUUCUGUCUUUACCGCUCUUCCUUCUUCGGCUCGGCGGGGCCCGCGGCUGCCUUGCCAUGGGUGCCUACCUGUCGCAGCCCAGCACGGCCAAGAGCUCUGGGGAUGGUGUCGGAAUUGGGCCGCGCCCGCUUCACUUCGGCUACAGCGCCAUGCAGGGCUGGCGGGUCUCCAUGGAGGAUGCUCACAACUGCAUUCCCGAUUUAGACAGUGAGACGGCAAUGUUCUCUGUGUACGAUGGUCAUGGAGGAGAAGAGGUAGCUCUAUAUUGUGCCAAAUACCUGCCAGAGAUCAUCAAGGAUCAGAAAGCAUAUAAAGAAGGCAAACUACAAAAGGCACUUGAAGAUGCUUUUUUGGCCAUUGAUGCCAAGUUGACAAUGGAAGAAGUAAUCAAGGAAUUGGCACUGAUGUCAGGGCGGUCUCGAGAUGAGGGUGAUGAGAAAGAGAUGAAAGUGGCAGAUGAAGAUGAUGUGGACAAUGAGGAGACUGCCUUGCUGCAUGAGGAGGCUGCAAUGACUAUUGAGGAGCUUCUGACUCGAUAUGGGCAAAACUGUAUCAAGGGCAAGCUGGGUCCACCAGGCAAAGAUGUAACCCAGGAAAAUGCCCAGGAGCCAAGUUUGAAUGGUGAAGUAGAUGCUGAGGAGCCCUCGAGGCGUCAUAAAGAGGGUGAAGAAGAGGAGAAAAAUGGCAAAUUGUGCUCUGAGACCAUCAGUGCCUCCCAUGGUCCAGAUGUGGCUGGUGGAGGGGAUGCUGGUACUUGCCAAAAAAAGACAGCUGAGGGAGCAUCUCCUGCCAGUGGUGAGAUGGAGCCAUCCUGCUCGUCUGCAAGCAAGAGCCAGCAAGUGAUCAAGUCAAUGUUCUUUGAGGACAGUGAGGAUGAAUCAGAGGAUGCAGAAGAGGAGGAAGAUGACGAUAGUGAGGAAUGCAGUGAGGAUGAGGAUAGCUACAGCAGUGAGGAAGAAGAAUAUGAUACUGAAGAAGCAGAAGAGGAAGAUGAUGAAGACAUGAUGCUCCCAGGAAUGGAGGGCAGAGAAAAGCCUGGCUCAGACAGCGGCACAACGGCGGUAGUAGCCCUUAUCAGAGGCAAGCAGCUAAUAGUAGCCAAUGCUGGAGAUUCCCGGUGUGUGGUGUCUGAAGGUGGAAAGGCUGUGGAUAUGUCCUAUGAUCAUAAGCCUGAAGAUGAGGUGGAAUUGGCCAGAAUAAAGAAUGCUGGUGGAAAAGUAACCAUGGAUGGCCGGGUAAAUGGUGGCCUCAAUCUCUCCAGAGCAAUUGGAGAUCAUUUCUAUAAACGUAACAAGAAUUUGCCUCCAGAAGAACAGAUGAUCUCAGCGCUGCCAGAUAUCAAGGUGCUGACAAUCAACGAUGACCAUGAUUUUAUGGUCAUUGCCUGUGAUGGCAUCUGGAAUGUCAUGAGCAGCCAAGAGGUUGUGGAUUUUGUUCAAUCCAAGAUCGCACAGAAGGGUGAAGAUGGAGAGUUGCGAUCUCUUUCAUCUAUAGUAGAAGAACUCCUGGAUCGUUGCUUGGCUCCUGACACAUCUGGUGAUGGAACAGGCUGUGACAACAUGACUUGUAUCAUCAUCUCUUUUAAACCACACAUCAGUCAAGGCUCCCCUGUUGAGAGCAGCAAACGGAAACUGGAGGAUAGCACAACAACUAGCCCCACAGAAGAGGGUUGUAGCAAGAAGUCCCGACAGGACUAGCAGCCAAGUUGGGUAGGGAAUUGCCCAUGCUCUCACUGGACUCUUGUUUUCUAAACAAAGCUGAACUUUUGAUGCCUGUUUUAGGCUUUUUUAUCCUUAGGGAGGUCCAUUUUGUCUUUAUUAUUUGGAGGGAAAAGGGAUUCAGGGUGGGUCCCAUUGGUCUUUGAAACCAUUCCAAAGAGUGAAUGACAGGGAGGAUCAUAAUCUGGCCAAAGCCCAGAAGGCAGUCUACCUGCUCAAACACUCUCUGUCCCACAGUUACACACACAGACACAGACCACUGCAGCGUCUCUCUGGUUGUUGCCAUUUCCGUGCCUGUAAUUUUUCUGUGGGCAGGUAGCAGUUUUACAGUGUGGAGAUUUCAGAGCUGCAGUUCUAUUUAAGGCCUCCACUUUUUUUAAAAAAAAAUGUGGGACUGAUUGCCAUCUCCCCCCCUCCCCCCCCGCAACCAAUGGCUACCAAGCCCCGACUGUCAUUCAUUUUAAACUGAGAUUUUUUUUUUCAAACUAAAAACUAAAACUCUUUAUCAGUGACUGUGUACUUUUGUAAAAUUGUGAGGGGAAGUAAGAUGAACUGAACUAUUAUGUAAUUCAUUGAUUCUGUAGUUUCUUCCCUUUUCUUGUUCAUUCCCUUUUCUUCCCAAUUCCUUUCCCUCUGUGAGUUCCAUGCCUAUGACUUGCAAGGUCUUAUUCUGCCCAAACAAACUAGGACCAACACCAAAUUGUCUUGUCCGUGGAAACUUAACCCUUAUGAUUUCCCCAGGAAGCUUGCAAAAGACAGACACCCCCCAUUUGUUUUUGUUCUAUGUUUUGUCUUGUAGAAAAGUCGGAUUCUUUUCUCUGAAUGUAGGGGAACCUAAAUUUAGCCGCAUGGUUUUUAUUAAGACUUGAAUGCAACCCUGUAGGCCAUGAAAUAUAGCACUCUUAUUUUGUAGCCAUAAAUUUCAAUUUGAACUUGAA